UUUUACAGGAUUUACGGUUAUGCGGUCACCACACUGCUCAGAUGUCCGGAAACAAAUGUGUUUAGGCUUGUUAGCAAUAGCUAAAUGCACGCUAGUUGUCAAAAACGGAUUAAGCACUGAUGAAAUGUAGAAAAAGAACCUAGCUGGCUAUUAAAUAGUUUUUUUAUGAACUAACUCUGGUCUUAGAUUCACACAUUCCAUCCAGUUGUAACUAGCUACAGGAUAUAGCUAGCCACAGCCGGUCGAAGAAAGAGGUAAUUUACAGCCAGCUAAUCGGUGUUAAAAAUGGUUAAUUUUGUUACCUUUCAGGCGCAAUUGGCCUCCAUUAUGGAGGUGUUAGCUAAAGCAGCAGUGGUAGAAAUCACCAAACUUGUUGAAGACAGUUCCGCCGAGAUACGCUUGGAAAUUUCACGGAACCAGUACGAGAAUGUAGCACUAAGGAGAAAAUUAAGUAGGAUGCAGAGCGAGCUGGUUCGUGCUCGUGGAUGCCGAGAGACAAAAGGUGCUGAAAAGAGUUCCGUAAAAGGUUACGGAUUGCAUGGUCCGAUUCAGAUAUGUGAUGGAGACUAUACAGAUGACCGUCAUUCUUUGGAAGAAGGUGUCUUCGGAGAUGAAUGGGGAGGCAGACAGUGGAAGGAUGGAGAUGUCAGAGUUGUGGAAGAUGACAUAUUCCUGCAGUCCAUAACUCUGACUGAAGAGUUUCAGUCAAUGGACGUGGAGAAGGACGUACCAUCAUCACUUCCGAUCAAGGAGAAUGGACCUAAACGAGGCCUGGUGAGGGACAUCCCCAAGGAAGGGCUGAGGCCUUCAGAUUUCUGUGCCACUGAAGUGAGAGGUCCUACUGAGCGGCAUCGCCGUGAGGCCUGCCCAGAGUAUCCGGAUCCUCAGCCCAUUCCCGCAGAGCGCCCGGAGGAGCUCGCUGGACUGCAGAGGGAUGGACGCGGCAAUGAAGAGGAACUGGACGUUAAGGACGAUAGAGGGAGAGAGCCCUCCGCAGGACCUGAGCACAGCGUUAGGCCGCAGAACGGCCCGGGUGCUGAGCGCGUGUUUGAGAGAGGUAGACUCCCGAGGGCUUCACCCACACAAGGCUACAGCGACCUGGAGGCCGAGGACCAGCAAUGCGCUAAUGUUAGGGGUGAUCUGCAGCGGCUGUUGGGCCAAGCUGAGCCACAUCCUAAUCAGGCGGAAGAAUGUUCCGGUAACAGCACGCCCUCUUCGAGAUCCCAAGAUCUGAAGCCACAUGUUGGGGCUUCAAAUUUAGCGUGUGUCAAGGAGGAGGUUGAGAUUAAGUCUAUAUGCAUUGAAGAGACGGCAGCAGAGAGGGUUGAGCGACAGGACAGAGAGACGCUGAGCUCCGUGAAGAGCGAGGGCCAGGCCUUUCAGCCCGGGCCACACAGACUCCAGGCAUCGGAAGACGGAACGAGAGAGAGUCUGAGCACGGCAGAGUCCGGCUCAGACACCGAGGACAGCCCGAUUUUCCAGAUGACCGACAGCAUCGAGCUCUACGGCAGGACUGACACUGCGGAUUCAGCCGACACCCAUUCUGGGUUGAGUUUCACCCAUCUAAACAGAGUACGUGAUCAAGUACACCCAGGAAAGAAAGCGUUCAGAUGCACACAGUGUGGAAAGUAUUACAGCCAUCGUAAUAAUCUGUACCGCCACCGGCGAAUUCACACAGGGGAGAAGCCCUUUACUUGCGUGCACUGCGGGAAGAGUUUCACGCACCAAAGUAAUCUCUACGAGCACGAGCGGAUUCACACGGGAGAACGACCCUUUAGCUGUGUCGUAUGUGGGAAGAGUUUCACUCAGCAAAGUAAUCUUAAAAGACACCAGCGCAUACACACUGGGGAAAGGCCUUAUAGCUGCAUGCACUGCGGAAAGACAUUUACCCGCCUGAUGCACCUCAAAAUGCACCAGCAAGUUCAUUUUGGAGGGAAACCGCACAGUUCUUUUGAGUACUGUUGAUUGUCUCGGGCACUCCUUUGGCUAAAUAAACAUUUGGAUUGAGAGAAUGGAUGCACAGUU